AUGGAAGUUCACGCUGAGGACACUUUUGAAAUUUUUAAUUUAGAAGAGCAAAAUGCAGAAAGAGCUGAAGGUUCCUCGGAGGAAAUCAAUAGCAUUGCGAAUGUAAUUGUAACUUUUGUUCCUCAAUCAGGUGAUGAAGAAUCUAGGGAACCCUACAUCGGUAUGAAGUUUCAGUCACUUGAUGUUGGAUUUAAGUUUUAUCUUGAUUAUGCUCAUCGUAAUGACUUAAGAUUCAAAGAGAAAUUUCACUCAAAGAAAAGUCUUAAGAGUGACAAAAAACGAGAUGAGACUAGAGAAGGGUGCAAAGUGAUGAUGUAUUUGUCAAAGAAAGAAGAAGAAAAAUGGGUUAUAGCCAUGCUUGUUUCGAACCAUAAUCAUGAACUUGCUUCUCCUCAAAGCCAAAAAUUCUUGCGAUCAAAAAGAAAAAAGUCAGAGGCUCAGAAGAAUCUUAUUGAUCUAUUAGAGAAUUCUGGUAUUCGUCUAAGUAAAAUUGCAUCAGUGUUGAUUACUCAGGCUGGAGGUGUAGAGAAUCUCAAUCUAACUGGACGAGAUAUUCAGAAUUAUUUGAGUACUAAAAGACAAAACUAUCUUGAAAAAGGAGUUGCACAAUUGAUGUUGAAAUACUUUCAAAAACGUCAAUCUGAUAACCCCGAAUUCUUUUAUGCAAUACAAAUGGAUGUAGAGGGUCAUUUAGGUAAUUAUUUUUGGAUUGAUGCUAGGUCUAGGGUAGCUUACAAGAAUUUUGGAGAUGUUGUCUUAUUUGAUCCUGCAUACUUGACAAAUAAAUAUAAGAUGCCUUUUAUUCCAUUUAUCGGAGUUAAUAAUUAUUUUCAAUCCAUUUUAUUUGGUUGUGCUUUUUUAUGGGAUGAAACAGAAGAAACUUUUCGAUGGUUACUUCACACUUGGCAAGAGGCAAUGUUUGGUGUUGUUCCCCGUACCAUAAUCACAGAUCAAGAUGCUGCCAUAACAAAUGUUGUUGCAAAGGUGUUUUCAAAUAGUGCACAUCAUUUUUGUAUGUGA